AUGGGACUGGGGCCCAGUCAUGCGGGCCAGUCGUUAAUCACUUGUGGAGAAAAGUCUUCCCAGCUGCAACGAGUCGAGGCCAUUCACGUUCCCUUGCAGAUUGGGGACCCCAUCCGCUCCAGUCGACACGAACGGACACCCCACGCCAAAAGGCCCAGAAACCUUUUUGCAGACCUGCGGACUCUGCACUACAUCGCGCGAUCGUCCACGCAGCGGCGGCUACGCAACCGCAACCUUCAAUCCUCGCGGCGAUUUUUCUUCAACCCACAAGUAUUUUCUUAUCAGAUCAAGACAUCCCUGUCACCACGGAUCAUCGCUCCGAGAUCGGUGCAUGGGCCGACGUGA